AUGACUGAUCGUAAUAAAGACGUUUCAAUCAAAAAAAGUGUCACUGAACUGACUAGAAUUCACACAGGGGAGAACCCAUUUUCAUGUCCCGAAUGUGAGAAAUGUUUUAGUAAGAAAUCAAAUCUUAUUCAACAUCAGAAAACCCACACCGGAGAGAACCCAUUUUCAUGCUCAGAAUGUGGAAAGUUGUUUAGUGUGAAAUCAAGUUUUGUGAGACACCUGAAAAUUCACACAGGAGAGAAACCAUUUUCAUGCACUGAAUGUGGAAAGUGUUUUAGUGAGAAAUCAAGUCUUGAGGUGCAUCAGAGAAUUCACACAGGGGAGAAGCCAUUUUCAUGUCCCGAAUGUGAGAAAUGUUUUAGUAACAAAUCAAAUCUUAUUCAACAUCAGAAAACUCACACAGAAGAGAAGCCAUUUUCAUGCUCAGAAUGUGGGAAGUGGUUUAGUCUGAAAUCAAGUUUUGUGAGACACCUGAAAAUUCACACAGGAGAGAAACCAUUUUUAUGCACUGAAUGUGGAAAGUGUUUUAGUGAGAAAUCAAGUCUUGAGGUGCAUCAGAGAAUUCACACAGGGGAGAAGCCAUUUUCAUGUCCCGAAUGUGAGAAAUGUUUUAGUAGCAAAUCAAAUCUUAUUAAACAUCAGAAAACUCACACAGGAGAGAAGCCAUUUUCAUGCUUAGAAUGUGGGGAGUGGUUUAUUGAGACAAUGCAUAAAAUGGACAAGAAUAAAAGAUGUUCUAUUUUUUUAGUACAAAUGUUAUGGGCCAGAAAAAAAGUAAAAACAAAAAAGAAAGGUAUUACUGUUCAAAAGUAA